CUCGCGUCCACCUGUAUCUGGUAGACUUGAUGAGACUGACGUCGCAGUGUGGAUCGGUCCAUUUGUUUCAAUUCAACACUGAUUCAACUUCUACUUCUUUCAGUUCCAGAAUUUCUUUGGUUCGCUUGCCCAAAGUUCGUUUGGCGACAUGUCAACCCAAUAACACACUUUCCUUCCUCGUUUCUCUCGACGGCAUUCCAAACCCUGCCUCGAAAUGUCGGCCCCAGAUAUCUCGCAGCUGGAUCCGGCACAGCAGGAAGCUUUACAAACAUACACAUCCGUGACAGAUCAAGACCCUUUAGCCGCGAUAUCGCUUCUGCAGAGGUGCGAGUGGAAUGUACAGAUAGCUAUCGCUCGCUUCUUCGAUGGAGAACCAGCGGUCGAUCCGGUAGCCGAAGCACAGGCUGCCCUUCCUGCUACUUCCGCUCGACAAACUUCGAACCUGCAAUACGAGUCCCUGCUCUCCGCGACUAGACCUCUUGUCUCGCGACAGAACCCGGAAGAUGUGGUUCAGAGAGUCGACACUAGUGCGGCCGUCGAAACGCAGUACCGUCCGUCGUUGUUGUUCUCGAUAAUCUUUACGCCAGUCAACAUAAUCUACCGAGUUUUUACCACAUUAUUCUCACCCUUGGGCUACCUAAUGCCUACCUUUCUUUCGCGCAUAUUCAAUCGUCUGCUCCAACAGCAAUCCCGACCAGUCCGAAGAGCCCUGCCUCCGGCCGAAAACGCCAGACGGUUCAUUCGUGAAUUCAGCGAAGAGUAUGGGGAGAACAGCCUCCCAUUUCAAGAGUCAGGCUUCAACUUGACCCUCGACAACACAAAAAAGGAUUUGAAGUUUUUACUUGUGGUUCUGCUUUCACCUAGUCACGACGAGAACCACAACUGGGUGCAGGAGACUUUGAUGUCAAACCAACUGAAAUCGUUCCUGGAUUCUCAUAAGAAUGAACUUGUCCUUUGGGGUGGAAACGUCCGUGACUCGGAAGCAUACCAGGUGUCUGCAAAUCUCCAGUGUACAAAAUUCCCCUUUGCCGCCUUGAUCUGUCAGACUACAGAGUCUGGUUCAUCUGCCAUGACUGUGGUUAUGCGAGCAGCUGGGCCGAUGCCUGCUUCCGAACUUGUUGCCAAACUAGGAACGGCUUUAACCACCCAUCAGGCGCAGCUUGGGGCCACUCGUGCUCAGCGGGCUGAGCAAGCAGCUUCACGUAGUCUACGACAGGAGCAGGACUCUGCAUACGAACGUUCACUUGCCCAGGAUCGUGAGAGAGCACGUCUGAGACGAGAACAAGAAGAAGCGGCAGCUCGAGCUGAGCGAGAGGCACAAGAACAACAGAGACUUAUCGAAGAAAGAAGAGAAAAAGUUGCCCAGUGGAAGCAGUGGCGCGCCCAAUCAUUGCCAGGCGAGCCUGGUGUCGAGACCAAAGACGCCAUAAGAGUCAGUAUACGUAUGCCAUCUGGUGAACGAGUAAUUCGCAAGUUUCGUGCCGACGCUGAUCUUGAUGAACUCUAUGCUUUUGUGGAUUGUUAUGACAUCGUCAAGAGCAGAGAAUCCGGAGAAGUCCAGGGCUACGUUGACGAGCCAGAGCAUUAUGACCACAUAUAUUCCUUCCGGUUGGUCUCGCCCAUGCCUAGGACAGUAUAUGAAUUGGAUGACGGAGGAUCCAUUGGGGAGCGUGUUGGCCGGGGCGCCAACUUAAUUGUCGAACCGAUAGAUGAAGAUGGUGAAGAGGGGGAUGACUAAUGACCAAAGCUCUACGAGUACGUGAUACGAGUACGAGCACAAUAGUUGAUGGCAUGGCAACAUAGACCAGAACUCAAAGAGCCGAUCCGAUAUGUCAAAAAGGAUUGUGUCUCGGAGUUCAUUCAUUGUUCAUUAGCAUCAAGUCUCGAAAG